ACGUCCAAUCCCUCGCCUUCUAAGCUACUACUUCUGUAACGAAAAUGAGCUACGGUGGAUAUGGUGGUGGCUACGGUGGAGGAUAUAAUGGUGGUGGGUAUGGUGGCGGAUAUGGAGGCGGAGGCGGUAGUUGGGGCGAUAGCGAUAAGAUGGGCAACCUAGGGGGUGGUCUUCGUGCCGUUGACUGGCAGUCUCAAGCAUUGCCCAAGUUCGAGAAAAACUUCUACGUCGAGGACAAGCGGGUUUCUGCGCGGUCCGAACGGGAAAUCGACGAGUUUCGUCGUGUACAGGAGAUGAAGGUACAAGGACGUGGCGUGCCAAGACCUAUAACUUCAUUCGAAGAAUCCGGAUUUCCCGAAUAUAUCAUGGCCUCCCUCCGAGCCCAAGGAUUUAGUGCCCCUACCGCCAUUCAGUGUCAGGCAUGGCCUAUGGCAUUGAGUGGGCGAGAUUUGGUCGCCAUCGCGCAGACCGGUAGCGGAAAGACGCUUUCGUUCGCGCUGCCUGCCAUGCUUCACAUCAAUGCUCAGCCACUUCUUCAACCUGGCGAUGGGCCAAUCGCUCUUGUCCUGGCCCCAACGCGUGAGCUAGCCGUUCAAAUACAGCAAGAGUGCACCAAGUUCGGAACGAAUUCGCGCAUCCGCAACACGGCAAUAUAUGGCGGUGCGCCCAAGGGGCCGCAAAUUCGUGAUCUUCAACGAGGGGUCGAGAUCGUUAUUGCUACGCCUGGUCGACUCAUCGAUAUGCUCGAAACUCAGAAGACGAACCUGAGGAGAGUAACGUAUCUCGUCAUGGACGAGGCGGAUCGCAUGCUGGACAUGGGUUUUGAGCCCCAGAUCCGUAAGAUUGUCGGUCAAAUCCGACCGGAUCGUCAAACUCUCAUGUUCAGCGCUACUUGGCCCAAGGACGUGCAGCGGCUUGCAAUGGACUUCCUCAAGGACUUCAUCCAGGUCAACAUCGGCUCCAUGGAGCUCAGCGCUAACCACAAUAUCAAGCAAAUCGUCGAAGUUUGCAGCGACUUCGAGAAGCGCACAAAGCUCAUUAAGCACCUUGACCAAAUCAGCCAGGAAAACGCCAAGGUCCUCAUCUUCGUUGGAACGAAACGUGUAGCGGACGACAUUACGAAGUAUUUACGACAAGAUGGAUGGCCUGCGUUGGCCAUCCAUGGCGACAAAGAACAGCGCGAGCGGGACUGGGUUCUCUCGGAAUUCAAAGCUGGCCGUUCGCCGAUCCUUAUAGCAACGGAUGUCGCUUCUCGCGGCCUCGGUAAGUACCUCCCUCAUCUCACAGUGCCCUGGUGUUCUAGUACAUUACGCUUCCCGAUGGCGCUGGUCGGCAGGCCUCGUGCGUGAUGCUCCGUUCAAUCCUCGGUUUAGGUCGCGUUCCGGAGCUAAAGCAGGUGACAAGAUAUGCGCAAUGCAAGUCGAGGGUCCUGGGUCUUGCUAUGCACGAAGUUUCCCUCUGACCUCCCUGCCUGGACAUGGCGCGUUUGUGGCGCCCACCUCGUCCCACAAGAGCUGUCUCGGUUUGGUGUGGUCACGGACUCUGCCGCAGAUUCAGGGUCAAGAUGCGAUCCCUCCUGUCAAGAAUGUGCUUAUGUUGCUUGCCUGUUCGAGCCCUGGAUACGCUAUGCCUCAGCCUUGCGUUGCCAUGUGGCUGAGGUACCCCGAGAGACACUGGACGGUUACUAGGAGAUCGAUCGGGCACUUGCCUCGUUCUCUACGCAUUUAUUGACCGAAGCUCGUGUUUCUUCUAUGUUCCGUCUGGCCUCCAUCUUUUGGUGCACGUUGUUUGUACCCCCUCUGCUCGGUUGUCGCGUAUCGCAGACGUCAAGGAUGUGGGAUACGUCAUCAACUAUGACUUCCCUAACAACUGUGAAGAUUAUAUUCAUCGUAUUGGGCGCACUGGCCGCGCCGGCAUGAAAGGCACGGCCUAUACAUACUUCACCACCGAUAAUGCGAAGUCCGCACGCGAACUGCUAGGUAUUCUCAAAGAAGCCAAGGCCGACGUCCCUCAACAGUUGGAGGAGAUGUCGAUGUACUCUGGUGGUGGUGGCGGACGUGGACGCUAUGGCGGUGGUCGUGGUCGCGGCGGCGGCGGCGGCGGCGGCUUCGGUCAUCGCGACAGUGGCUACGGCGGUGGAGGAGGAGGAUACGGCGGAUCUCGCGAUCGAUGGUAGAUCAUGGGUGGUAGAUCUUGAGCGUUUUCUAGACCUACGUUAUUUGCUCCCUAGUAUCAACGCAGCAUGCAUCGCAGUCGGAUGACCUAUACCUAUAAAACGUCGUACAUGACACACGUUUAGUGCGCACAUUCAACACAUGAUUGCAGUAUCCGAAGUGCAGGAACGUCAGUCAUUACCGUGCCUAGUGGGCUUUAUGCCUCCCCUUAUGCGGAGAUCGUGGCCUUCCGAAUACGACGCUUCAGUCUCGAUUUCGCCGACUUCGUUAGACGUUUAACGGGAGGUCGUUGGUAUGUCAUUCCGGAGCUUGAACCGUCAGGGAGGGCCUUGCGAGAGAGGAUUACACGCAUAUACGGCACUUUGUGGAUGCGAGGAUAAUUUUUGCCGUCCAGUGCGAGAACAAGUUCUGUCUGCCUGCCAUCGCUCGCCUGCCCGACUUCUUCCGAACAUCCAACGAAAUUGUACUGGUGGAGACCCAACGCAUCUUCCCCGAGCGUGGGUUUCAAGGAAGAGAUAUAGAACCGUUUGACAACUUCCACAACAGAGAUCAAUUUCGGGAUUGUCUCGCAAGAUCUAUCUUUCGCCGGCUGUGGCGUGGUGCCGUCUGAGGUUGGGACUGCAGGAAGAGUGUGAAAGGCUAUUGCGCCAUCCUCCGUUUUCUGCGAAAGAAAUAACUCAAGUGGAAGCAGAGUGAUCGCAGAGCGCUGACCUUGAGGUGCUCAAGGGCAAAAUCAACCCAGGCGCUGAUCCUUC